AUGUUUGGCACUGGGCACCUGGUGUCGUCUCUAUCUCCUGCAGUCCUCCACUCUUCGGCUGCACACUUCUUCCCAGUGUUCCCCAGCAGGCUGAGCUCACCGCCGAUCCUCAUACCUGGGCCCCUGCUCAGCUACGAACUCCUGCGCAGCUACCUGCAGCCGGAGCCCUGCAAACAGGCCCUGAUAUUGGCCACUCAGGCCGCAGGGCACCAUGCUGAGAAUAUGGAUGAACCUCGGCCAGUGAAGCAGCGGCGAGCACGGGCCAACUACAGCAGCUGGCAGCUGGAAGAGCUGGAGAAGGCCUUCGAGGGCACCCACUACCCGGACGUCUUCAUGAGAGAAGCCCUGGCCCUCAGACUGGACCUGAUUGAGGCCAGAGUACAGGUGUGGUUCCAAAACCGCAGGGCUAAAAUGCGCAGACAGAUGAAGCUCCAGAGCCAGGCAGAGAAGCUGUGCGUCAGUCUUGACAAUGAUGAUACACCGGUCAACUCGUCCAACAGGAGCACAGCUCCAGAGAUUCAUGGGAGCAAUAGCCCAUGCUGGGACAGGAAACAGGAGACAGGAAGCCCCACUUGGCCCAAACCCUCAUCAUCGGCUAUUCGUAGUGCUGUGAGCAGCAUGAUUCAGAGGAUGCGAGAUCAGGAGGGGUCAGAGGUGUCCAGUCCAGAGGAGUUUCGCUGCUGUAGCAUUGCCAAACUGAGGGCCAAGGCCAGGGAUUAUGAAGCAGAGAUCCACAGCACUGUGGCCAAGGCCAGCAGAGAGAGGCAGCUGAAGACACCGGUAUCUGCCACAGUCCUACAAAUAGACUAAGGGAGAUGUAGCCAUCUGUGCACAGCCAUCCAUUACCUCUGUAUCACACAUCAC